AUGGAGAUGUAUUGGAUGUCUGCAAAUGCCAGGGUUGGUUCAGUAAAUUCCGGUCAGGCGAUGCUGACCUCUCGGAUGGCCAUCACUCGAGAAGACCGACUGGUUGCAAGUACAAGUACCCAAGAAAGCGAGAAGGAGGAAACAGUGCCCCCAACUCAGAUGGAAGAAUGGAGCAAAGAAGCCAUGCAACUUGAAGGAACAGGAUCUAAUGGCCUGGGGAAAGUGGUGAAUCUGUUACAGGGGGAAAUCAAGGAACAGUUGCCAAUGGGAAGGAAAGAAGCAUCAGAGAAGCCUACAGAUGUCUUUGCAGCAAUGCUGAAAGUAACAGAGAGAAUUGUCCAUCCUGAAUCUGUUUCAUCUUGGUCUCACUUGCCUCCUGGUUCGCCUGAGGAGGUAUUUGCCUUGAAGAAUCCAAUAAAAGGUGAUGAGAGGAAGCAGGAACAAGAGGAGAGAGAUGGAGAGGCUGAUAGCAUUGUUGUGGAGAUGCAAGUGGGAAUGAAGAAUUCAAUUGAAUGUAAUGCACUCAACAGAGAUGAAAGUCAAACUUCAACCUUAUCUUUAUCCAAAGAAACAAUGGAAAUGGAAGGUGAUGCUAAGGAAAGGGGAGAAAUUCUUAAUGACACUCAAGAGGCAGAUGGACAGAAUCUAAGUGUGCUGGGAGCAGGACCAGAACUAGAUGUUCAUGGUCAUGCAGGUGGUGGUGAAACUGAUCAGAAUGGAAUGGCAAAAAGGAAGACAACUGAGAAGUUGGACAAGGUGGCUAUGGGAUUGAUAGUGAACGUAACAGUGAUGGAGCAGGAAAUAUGCCCACGCACUGGAAUUGAUUCCUUUCACCUAAUUAGGCAGUACCUGGUGAAAGUGAAUGAUAGAAAUGAGAUCCCAAAGGAGAUGGUGGCAUUCUGUGAACGAGGGAUCCAGAUCUCACCACCAAGGUCAGGGACAGCAGGUGGUAAUCGGAUAUCAGAUGUCUCCCUUACAUCUGGGUCCCUGGCUGAUGUCUCAAGCCUCACAUUCACCUCUUCUGGCUCCAGAAAGUCUGCCAGGACCUCUAUGCUGUCUGCAGUUACAGAUAGGAAUCAAGGUCGGAUUUGGGAGACAUUGCUUCCUACAUUGAGGAAGUCAAGCAGUGAUACUGCCUUAAAAGAAGAGGAAGAGCACCCUGAUGUAGAAAUAAUACAGUCCACCAGUGAUCCCACUCCAGUCAAACAAAACAGGAUGGAUAUUGACUUGGAGCCAGCUGUGGUAGACCUCACAACCCCUUCUCCCAGCAAGGAGGAAGAGAAGAUGCAACAAGAGGCAAAGGAGGAACAAAGAUCCCCAAAGAGUGGGAGGAAACGAAUCCUUGAGAACCCCAUGGAGUCCUCAUCUGAAUUGAGCUCUUAUAGUCCACCUCCUCGAAAGGUCUCCCGCAGGCUUCGUGUGCCCCUACUGCACACACCCAUUGUCGAGGAAUCAAGUAGUGAGAUCCAGUCAGAAUUUGAAGAAAUGCCAUGUCAGGAUGCACUUUCAACUGAAGACAUCCUUCAGACUAUGGAAUUAAAGUGCAAGGAGAUCAAAGGCACUUCUCUCCAACCAGGGAUGAAGGUGUUUGGCCAAUGGGUGGAUCGGAUGUUCUAUUCUGGCACUGUGGCUUCAGAAGAAGCCCCAUUGGAGACAUGGAAGAGGUGGAUGGUCCAUUUUGAUGAUGGCGAGAAGAAAGUCUUGCGUGAAGUUGAUAUUUUGCCCAUCAAACUCCUCACAAAGGGGACCUCUGUCACAGUCAUGCUUGGUGGAUACAAAUCUGACACUGGAAUCAUCCUUGGCUUAAAGAGGCUAGUCCCAGUUCAUUCUGAAUCUUCGCUCUCUUAA